CCCGCAAUUUCCUAAACUGCCACGCUCUCUACCCUCUGCUAGAAGAAUUGAACUUCUCAACGACCCGUUCUGAGGACUCCACUUCAUGAAUGGCGUUCUCACUCCCAACUUCUUCAAACAUUCCAACACAAUCCACCUCAAGAAACUCUCAAUUCUUCUACCCAAACCCACCAACACAUUCACUACCACCACCACCACCACCACCACUACUACCACCCAAUUCACACAGAUUUCUCUUAAUCAACCACUCACCUCCCUACAAUGUGGAACCAUGUUACAGUCACUCACCAACUCCAAAUCCUUCAAAAGAGGCCAACAACUCCAUGGUCACAUGAUUUCUUGCUGCAUUCUUCGAAACAACACCUAUCUCAACACCAAACUCGCCGCCUUUUACUCGAAUUGUGGUGCCAUGUACGAAGCCCAGGUAAUCUUUGACCAAAUUGUAUUGAAAAAUUUGUUUUUAUGGAAUUCCAUGAUUAGGGGAUAUGCUUCCAAUGGUUAUCCUAUGAAGUCCCUUGUUCUGUACCGUGAAAUGAUGAGCUUUGGGCAAAACCCGGAUAACUUUACGUACCCGUUUGUUCUAAAGGCUUGUGGUGAUUUGGGUGAUGAUAUUGGAAGAAGAGUUCACUGUGAGGUAGUUGUUUGUGGGUUGGAGUCAGAUAUAUAUGUAUGUAAUUCUCUUCUCUCUAUGUACUCGAAGUGUGGGGAAAUGGACAUGAUGAAGAAAGUGUUUGAUAGAAUGCCUGAGAGAGAUUUGACUUCUUGGAACACGAUGAUUUCGGGUUGUGUGAGGAAUGGUGACCCAAGAGAGGCCUUUUUAGUAUUUAAAAUGAUGGAAAAAUCUGGGCUAGUUGCAGAUGCCACCACUUUGCUCGGAUUACUCUCUGCCUGCAUUCACUUAGCAGCAUUGGAACUGGGAAAAGUGAUCCAUGCCUAUGUUAUGCGUAAUAAUUUAGCUUGGUGUAAUAGUUUUCUGAUCAACUCUCUGAUUGAAAUGUAUUGUAGUUGUAAUUCUACGGUGGCUGCUAGGCGAUAUUUUGAGGAGGUGACUUGGAAAGAUACCGUGUCAUGGAAUUCACUGAUUUCGGGUUAUUCAAGGAAAGCAGAUGCUUUUGAAAGCCUGAGGCUCUUUUGUCGAAUGGUUUUGGAAGGUGUGGGUCCUGAUCAAGUAACUCUUGUGGCUGUGCUUGGAGCUUGUGAUCAAAUCACAGCCUUGCAAUUCAGUAUGUCUGUUCACUCUUACAUAAUCAAGCAAGGGUUUGGUGCAAAUUCUAUGGUGGGAACUGCCCUUAUAGACACAUAUUCGAAGUGCGGAAGUUUAGCAUGUUCGUGUCGUGUUUUUGAUGAGAUGCCUGUCAAGACUUUGGUUUCUUGGAGUGCAUUGGUUGCAGCGUAUGGACUUCAUGGGAAAGGAAGAGAGGCCCUCUUGAUUUUUAAUGAUAUGAUAGUGAACAGUAUUACUCCAGAUGAGGGUGUUUUUACUUCGGUUUUGACAGCAUGUAGUCAUGCCGGAUUAGUUGGUGAAGGUAAAGAAAUAUUUUAUAGUAUGAAAGAAAAGUAUAAUGUGCAGCCUGGACUUGCUCAUUAUUCAUGUUUGGUAGAUCUUCUUGGCCGAGCAGGGCAUUUAGAUGAAGCCUUUGAAUUCAUCAAGGCAAUGGAAAUUAAACCAACAAGUGAUAUAUGGGCUGCUCUUCUUUCCGCUUGUCGACUCCAUCGAAAUGUUGAGCUAGCUGAGCUUUCAGCUCAGAGAGUUUUUGAGAUGAACCCAAAAAGAGUGAGUAGUUAUGUAUGCCUGUCCAAUUUAUAUGCUGCUGAGAAAAGAUGGGAUGAGGUGGAAAGGGUGAGAGCCUUGGUAAGACGGAAGGGACUGAAGAAACCACCAGGCUUCAGCUUUAUAGAGUUGGAUAAGGUGGUUCAUAGGUUCUUAGUUGGAGAUAAGUCGCACCAACAGAAAGAUGACAUAUACGCCAAGUUAAAAGAGUUGAGUCAGAGACUCAAGGAGGCUGGAUAUAAACCUGACACAAGUUCAGUGUUGUAUGAUGUUGAAGAGGAAGUUAAAGAAAAGAUGCUUUGGGAUCAUAGCGAGAGAUUGGCGAUUGCGUUUGCUCUGAUUCAUACGAGGCCAGGGACCAUAAUUAGGAUCACCAAGAACCUUCGAGUAUGUGGGGAUUGCCACACGGUAUCAAAACUCAUUUCUAAGCUCAUGUGCCGGGAGAUUAUUAUGCGGGAUAUCCGUAGGUUCCACUAUUUUAGAGAUGGAUUUUGUUCUUGUGGUGAUUAUUGGUGAGUAAAUACUUGACUGAACUUAUAUGUGUAUUGAGCUAGAAGGGGAAAUACAGAUUCUUUUAUUCAAAAAAAAAAAAUCUGAAUUUAUUCAGACAUAGCUACAGGAGAGGCCAUUCUAUUUAGCAUCAAAAGUCUGGGAGCCUUUUUUGAAUCUUUGAAAAUUGCAUACAGAGGUGGUCUUGUCAAUCAAAUUAUCCGAGAAAUCAGCAAGGGCACCUCCAACACUAGUAACUGUUUCUUAAUUGAAUGUGAAUGGUUCAGUUGCUUUGAGAAGAUGCUUGGUUGGACUUUUUGGUUUUGACUGCUCCAAGGGAUCUACAGAAUUCUUGGAUCUGUACAGUAAUCCUGAGGAGAAAAGGAAUGAAGUGAAGAAAGAAGAAGAUUUUUAUCACCUUCACUAUCUAAGCAUGUACCAUUUUGAGCUUUUAUUCCUCAAUUUUGACAGGCCACCUCUGUUGACACCACUUGGCCUGGCACUCAAAAAGAAUUUGAUUAUAAGCUGCACGAUCAUAUCUUGAAAGUUCAUUUUCACCUAUAACUUCAAUGUAACCCUCCAGCCACCAUUCAUGACCUGCACAUAAACAUGUAGCACCCAGUUUCUCAUAUUGUGAAGGGCAUACUUGGGGGAAGUUGUCAAAAGGCCUGGGUUUUAUAAGGACCCAGAUUUACGUUUCUCGCAACUUCUAAAUGUAGGCAAAUGGCAUUAAUGUCUGGAUUACAUCUUUGAUAUGAGUUAAUACCCAUCUCCAUCUUUCAAAUUGUAAAAUCUUCACCACCACUAUUGUCUUUAUACCAAAGGAUUCCUGAUACCUAUACUGACAAUGAAAUGCGAUCUAUUUAAUUGCUGGGAAAUG